AUGAUUCCUACUCCUCCUCCUUCCCCCAGGUCGUGCGGUGCUUGCGCUCCUGAGGACCGCCUUGGUCAAGUCCUUGCCGGAUGUAUCCAAUUGACUGAAGUCCUUGGUGUCGGUGCCUACGGAGUCGUUUACCGAGCAUUCGAUAUGCGCACAGGAGUUCAGUAUGCAGUAAAGGCACUGAACAAGGUUGGCCUCGAACCCAGACAAAGGACUUUCCAGGAGAGAGAAAUUCAACUGCACCACCAAGUAAGCCAACAUCCCAAUGUGGUCUCUUUGGUCAAGGUUCUGGAUUCCACCGAUUGUACCUUUGUUGUGAUGGAGUUCUGCCCCGAGGGUGAUCUCUUCUCAAGAAUUACCGAACAGGGCUUCUACAUUGGCCAGGAUGCUUUGGCCAAGAAUGCUUUUCUCCAAAUCCUUGAGGCUGUAGAGUUUUGCCAUUCGGUUGGUAUUUACCACAGGGAUCUCAAGCCUGAGAAUAUCCUGGUUUCCUCAGAUGGUAUUACUUUGAAGCUCGCCGACUUUGGCCUCGCCACUCAGGAUUACUACACCUCGGACUUUGGUUGUGGAUCUACCUUCUACAUGUCCCCUGAGUGCCAGCAGUCCAACUCGCGCCCCAAUGCUUGCUACGCCUCUGCCGCCAACGAUAUCUGGUCUCUGGGUGUCAUCUUGGUCAACCUGACCUGUGGUCGCAACCCCUGGAAGCGGGCUUCCAUGGAUGAUUCCACUUUCUGUGCCUACAUGAAGGAUCGCAGUUUCCUCAAGUCCAUCCUUCCCCUUUCGGACGAUCUUGACCACAUCUUGAGAAGAGUCUUCGACUUGAACCCUGCUCAAAGGAUGACACUUCCCGAACUGAAGCAGGCCAUUCUUCUCUGCCCCAAGCUUACUAGCGAGCCCGCUGCUCCCGUCCCCAUGCUCUCGCCAUCUUACAGUGCUGCCGAUGCUGCCAGAGAUGCCGCGUACCUGGCAUCUGGUCACCUCAUGGAGCCAAUCCCGCCCAUGUCUCAGCUGCCUGCAUCCAAUCUCCAGUACUCUCAAGCGCCAACGGCCGUGUCACACUUCGAGCAACUUCCUAUUUCCAGAACUCCGCCCAUGCCUUCGCCAGAGCCUCAAAAGGCCAACGGCCCCUUCGCCUUCUUCACCAAUGGCCAAUGCACUCCUCAAGCAUACAUUGCGCCAUGGUACAGCCAGUUCAUGGCAACUCUUCCAAAGCACGCUUCGAUCUUCCCGACGCGUGUCUUCUAA